AUGGCCGACGACUGGCUCUCUGCACAUUUCUCGGGCUAUCUCGUCCUACAACCUUCCGCCGCCGCUCGACGUCAGCACUCUGGUUCGGUCCGCUUCUCGGCUUCCUGGACACCAUUCGAAUCGGCUCGUCAUUGCAGCCAGGCGUGCGUCGUGCCAGGCUGCCAGGGCCUCUCCAACCCCGGAGAUGGCUUGCUGUCGAUCAAAGUUGAAGACUAA